GAAAGAGAGGACAGAGAAAAAGAGAUAGAAAGAGAGAGGACAGAGAGAGGGCGAUUGAAAAGAAAGGAGAAAGCGAGGGAUACCGGACUCCUGGGACCAUGGGCCUGCUUCCCUCCUCGUCUGAUCGUCUCCGGGGUCCCCCGCCUCCAGCCCCCGGGCGAGUGGGGCCCCGCCGGGCGGGAAUUACAUGGGAAUACUAAGGAGCGAGAGGAGGAGAAGGAGGAAGAGGAGGAGGAGGAGGAAGAGGAGGAGGAGGAGGAGGAAGGUGUCCGGCGACUCCGGGGCGGUGGGGGCAGCCUCACCCCUCACCCCCACCCCGGGGGUCGCUGCGCCCCUCUCCCCAUGGAUGGCGCUGAGAAUUUGCCCCCCGGAAAGGAGAGAAUGAAGUAGGACCCCCGUGAUGGAGCCGGAGUCAGCCCCGGUCUCCAGAUUCAGAGUUGCAGCACCCAGGGGGGGAAUCUUCUUUCUCUGGAUUGUCUUCUGUUCUACCUAUUGUCUGGAUUUCACCCAGGGAGUUCCUGAAGAUGUGGAUGUCCUCCAACAGCUGGGCCUUGGCAGGAAGCCAAAGGCAGGUGGAAGUCCCUUGGCAUCCCACCCUGUCCCCCAGGGGGUCAUCCCGUUCCAAUCAGGAGUCAUCUUCACCCAGCGGGCCCGGGUGGACGCCCCCACUGGCACGGUCAUCCCUACUGCUUUUGGCACCGACCUGGCCCUGGUCCUGAGCCUCCGCUCCCACCGAGUCAACAAUGCCUUCCUGUUCGCCAUCAAGAGCGGGAGGAAGAAGCUGCAGCUGGGAGUGCAGUUCAUCCCCGGCAAGAUCGCCGUCUAUGUGGGCCAACGGCGCUCUGUGCACUUUGACUACGAGGUCCACGAUGGCCAGUGGCAUCACCUGGCCAUUGAUAUCCGGGGCCGAGCGGUCACCUUAUUUACUUCUUGUGGGAAGCGCCGAGUACAUGCAGAUCUGCAUUUUAAAAAAGACACGGCACUAGACCCCGAGGGGUCGUUCCUCCUCGGGAAAAUGAACCAGCACUCGACCCCAUUCGAGGGCGCCGUGUGCCAGUUUGAUAUCUAUCCCUCUGCCCAGGCAGCUCAUAAUUACUGUAAAUACCUGAAACAACAGUGCCGACAGGCAGACACCUACAGGCCCCAUCUGCCCCUACUCGAGCCCCUCUUUCCCAGAGAUCCCAGCACGGCAGCGCGGCCGGGACUUCAGACCGACCUCUGGCUGCCGAGUCUGAGGAACCUGACCACUGUGACGUCGAGGCCGCCGGUGGUCCACGCUGACCUCGCCCGCCCCCAGCCAACCCCCAGACCCUCCCGGGGCACGGCGGUCCCCGGGUCGGUGGGACAGCCACCUGCCCGCCGGCCCUCGCGGAUGACCACGACAGCCCCUCGGCCCCGGGCAGGCACCAGCUUGGCCCUAACACGAACCUCUCCCACCAGGCCGGGGAGCACUAGGGUUGGCUUGGUGAGAGCUGCCUCUCCCACUCCCAGGCCAGUGCCGCGGGCAACCAAUGCCAAGUCAAGCAAGACUCCUAUUCCAGCCAGCAAACCCCCAGGGCCCAGACCGGCUCGCAGCUCUACCAAACCCCCUGCUACCCUGCUCAGAAUGGCACCGCCCCCCUCUGGCGCCACCUCAGGUCAGGCGGCCCGCUCUGGGCCUCGGCCGGCCCCGACCCCCCACCCCGCCACCAAGUCCAUCGCCACCUCUGCCAGGAGCACCUCCAAGCCUGUCCCAGACCCCACUGCCCCCCUCCCUGGGAAGCCAGCGUCCCCGACUUCCCAUGCUGGCCCACCCAGUGCCUCCGUAGUGCCCAGGCCUCUGAGCACCCCAGGAACCAACCUCCCACCCCCCACUGCCAGGACAGCUCCCCUGGUCUCGAGCACUCGUUCCACACGGACAUUCCCACCCAUUCUCAGGACAACGGCAGGAGGCCCCCGGGCUGGUCCCAGGAAAACACCUCUUCCCGCCACCUUGCCAGUCCUGCCUGGCUCAGCCAAAAUGCCCCCUCCAGCUGCCAAGCCAUCACCCCCUGCCUCCCCUGCCAGCUGGGCCAGCACCCUCCACCCCACCGUCAGACCGGUGCUCCCUACCUCUGCACCCCAAACUCUCCUGAGCCCUCCUACCCCCGACUGGGGCCUGCCUGCCCGCCGGGGCCCCACCAGCUCCAAGAAGAAGGUGACAGGGCAGAAGGCUGCCAAGAAAGCCCACCUAGAGACGACCCCCAAACGAGUCCCUCCCACCAAGCCACGGCAGAAGAAGACCCCAGCAGACGCCCCAGGUGACCUCCAUCUCACCCCGCUGCUGCAGAGCUUGGCCAACCUAACGGGUCGGGCUGGGCCCAAGCCAUCCCUACCCAGAAGGAGAGCCCCAGUGCCCUCCGCGGCCCACCCCACCUCCAGCCCACCACAUCCAUUCCCCAGGACCAGUGGCCUGGACCCCAGGGGAGCCACUCCUGUCCCAGCCAGCGACUACCUGCUCUUUGAUCCCAUCGGGCCGACCCUCUUCCCGUUCCUGCUGGGACCCCCAGGCCAGAAAGGAGACACCGGAGCUGUGGGCCCCCCUGGACUUCCUGGGCUGCCUGGACCACCGGGAAAGAGAGGCCCCCGGGGUUCUCCUGGCCCUCACGGAAACCCUGGUCGCCCCGGCCCCCCUGGUGCUAAAGGCCACAAAGGGGAUCCUGGAAGGUCACCUGGAAAGGCCUACAAUGGGGAAAAGGGAAAUGCAGGCUUACCUGGAUUGACAGGGCAGCUGGGACCAGUUGGUCGGAAGGGGCAGAAGGGCUACCCGGGACCAUCAGGGCAUCCCGGAGACCAGGGGGAGCCAGGACCAGCGGGAAGUCCGGGUGCCAAAGGUUAUCCUGGCAGGCAGGGAUUACCUGGAGCCAUAGGAGACCCAGGACCCAAAGGCAGCCGGGGGUAUAUUGGUCUCCCCGGCCUGUUCGGCCUGCCAGGAUCCGACGGAGAACGAGGUGUACCCGGAGUGCCUGGCCAGAGGGGCAAGAUGGGUAGGCCGGGCUUCCCAGGAGACUUCGGGGAAAGAGGACCCCCUGGAACGGAUGGCAACCCCGGUGAACUGGGUGCCCCAGGCCCCCCUGGUGUUCCUGGGCUCAUUGGUGACAUGGGAUUGUUGGGGCCAAUUGGGUACCCGGGACCCAAAGGAUUGAAGGGACUGAUGGGAAACUUCGGAGAACAUGGACUGAAAGGUGAUAAGGGUGACCAAGGGCUACCAGGGGUUCCCGGAGAUAUCGGAUUCCAAGGAGACAAGGGUAGCCAGGGCAUGGUGGGGGCACCGGGUGUUCGAGGGAAGCCAGGGCCUCCUGGUAAGUCUGGUGACAAAGGACCUGCUGGGUUUCCUGGACCUCCUGGACCUGAGGGUUUCCCGGGAGACAUUGGACCCCCAGGUGAAAACGGUCCAGAAGGCACCAAGGGUAAGCCAGGAGCCCGAGGUUUACCGGGACCAAGAGGACAGUCCGGCCAGGAGGGAGAUGAAGGACCAUCGGGGCCCCCGGGAUCACCUGGCCCAGAGGGCCACCCUGGACGAAAAGGGUUUCCCGGAAGGCCUGGACCCAACGGCCUAAAGGGGGAGCCAGGAAAUCCAGGCCGACCUGGAAAAGUAGGGGAACAGGGUUUGAUGGGAUUUAUCGGUCUUGUAGGGGAGCCAGGAAUCGUGGGAGAGAAGGGUAACCGAGGGCCCAUGGGACCACCCGGUGUGCCUGGAGUUAAGGGGUCGAUGGGACACCCUGGGACAACAGGCAGAACUGGAGACCCCGGAGAUCCUGGAAAUUCAGGUCCUCCUGGAGUUCGUGGGUCUCCUGGGAUGAGAGGGGUGAAAGGUCGCCGGGGGGCCCGAGGGCCAGACGGACCGACCGGGGAGCCGGGGUCGCGGGGUGUGAAGGGACCGCAGGGAACCCAGGGCAAACAGGGUCUAACCGGACAGCAGGGCAAGGCAGGAGAGCGAGGAGAGACGGGACCUCGUGGCUUCCCUGGUAUCCAGGGUCCAUCCGGCCCUCCCGGGGCUAAGGGAAUUCCUGGGGAACCGGGCCCCCCAGGACCCCAGGGAUUGUCUGGCCCUUUGGGAGAGAUGGGGCAUAAGGGCCCUCCCGGUGCAUUAGGAGAGCCUGGCCCUCCUGGGGAACCAGGGAUGAAGGGUGAUUUUGGACCAUUGGGCAUUCCCGGUGAACAAGGUCUGAUUGGCCAGAGGGGAGAAACUGGGCUGGAAGGAGACAGUGGCCAACCUGGACCUCCUGGAUUGAAGGGAGACAAGGGAGAGCCAGGCCCUGAAGGCGAGAAAGGAGAGAAAGGCAAAGAGGGGCUGAAGGGCAUGGAGGGCCCCCCUGGACUUCCCGGAAUCACAGGUGUCCGUGGUCCCGAAGGCAAACCAGGCAAGCAAGGUGAAAAGGGCCGGACAGGACCAAAGGGCGCCAAGGGGUAUCAAGGGCACCUAGGUGAAACUGGCGCUCCUGGAGGACCCGGGCCAACUGGCACACAAGGCCCUAAAGGCUCCCGAGGUACCCUGGGACCGACGGGAGCUCCAGGGCGGAUGGGAGCCCAAGGAGAACCAGGAUUGCCCGGUUAUGAUGGACACAAAGGAUUUCUGGGACCCAUCGGCCCCCCAGGACCCAAAGGCGAGAAGGGUGAACAAGGAGAUGACGGGAAGACAGAGGGUCCCCCUGGACCUCCUGGAGACAGGGGUCCGGUUGGUGAUCGAGGAGACCGUGGAGAGCACGGGGAGCCGGGUUACCCAGGCCAGGAAGGCCUUGUAGGAAGCCGAGGCAAAGCAGGCCAGCAAGGUCUUCCCGGGCACCCUGGACCACCAGGCCAACCAGGACCCAAGGGAUCCAAAGGCGAAGAGGGCCCGAAAGGGAAGCAAGGCAAGCGUGGGGAAGCCGGCAGUCGGGGGAUGCAGGGCCCCGUGGGGCAUCCCGGGCCACGGGGCGUGGUGGGGAGACAAGGCCAAGAAGGGCUCCCCGGACCAGAUGGGAUUCCUGGCAGGGACGGCCGAGCGGGACCGCAGGGGGAACAGGGAGAAGACGGGGAAGUUGGUGUCAUGGGUCCUCCUGGGAAGAGAGGGAAUCCCGGCGUGGGCGGCCUGCCCGGAGCUCAGGGACCCCCAGGAUUCAAGGGUGAAAACGGGUUACCCGGGCCACCGGGUCCCACAGGAAAGCGAGGGACAGAGGGAGGAACGGGGCUUCCCGGAAGCCAGGGGGAGCCAGGAUCCAAGGGCCGGCCGGGGGACUUUGGCGAGAUGGGCUUCCCGGGGAUCGCAGGCCUGUUUGGCCCCAAGGGGCCUCCAGGAGAUCUUGGUUUCAAAGGAAUCCAGGGCCCCAGGGGUCCCCCAGGCCUGAUGGGACAAGAAGGUGUCAUCGGCCCGCUGGGGAUCCUGGGGCCUACUGGACUCCCGGGCCCAAAAGGGGAUGAGGGGAGUCGAGGUGAAACGGGACUUCAAGGCCCAAGGGGUCCCCCAGGUCCCCGAGGACGCCCUGGACCGCCGGGCCCUCCAGGGAUUCCUGUUCCAUUUCAACAAGAUGACCUCGGGACAGCUUUCCAGACGUGGCUAGACUCCUCAAACGGUGGCGUGCUCAGGACAGAGGGCUCUUCCCAUUCUGAUCUGCUGGUGUUGGACCAGGGAGGGGAGAUCUUUAAGACCCUACACUACCUCAGCAACCUCAUCCAGAGCAUCAAGAAGCCACUGGGCACCAAGGAGAACCCUGCUCGCAUCUGUCGAGACCUCAUGAACUGUGAGCAGAAGAUGGCUGACGGCAAAUACUGGAUCGACCCCAACCUUGGCUGUUCUUCAGACACCAUCGAAGUGACCUGUAACUUCACCAAAGGAGGUCAAACCUGUCUAAAACCCAUCACUGCCUCAAAGGUGGAGUUCGCCAUCGGCCGGGUCCAGAUGAACUUCCUACACCUCCUGAGCUCCGAAGUGGUCCAGCACCUGACCAUCCACUGCCUCGAUGUGUCCGUGUGGCAGGAAGGGCAAGGCCGGCCACCCAGCAAGAAGUCUCUGCGCUUCCGGGCCUGGAACGGACAAAUCUAUGAGGCUGGAGGCCAGUUCCGACCAGAGGUCUCUGUGGAUGACUGCAAGGUUCAGGACGGACGCUGGCACCAAACCCGCUUCACGUUCCGGACACAGGACCCCCAGCAGCUGCCAAUCGUCAGCAUCUACAAUCUGCCGCCCACCACCCCGGGGAAGCAGUACCGCCUGGAAGUCGGGUCUGUGUGCUUCCUCUGAAGUCUGACCUCCGGGCCCCGCCGGACAUCCUCGGAGCCAAGCCGGAGGCUGGGGGCAGGGGGCCAGGUGGGAGGGUGUGCCUCCCACCCUCGCCCCAGAGGCAGACAGGGUGAAGACCCACAGCCUCCAAGCUGGGUUGAGUCUCAGCCGCCCUCUAGGAGACCCUGCAGGUGGCUGAAGAGUAUAGGGGCGAAGGGGUGGAGGAUGGCGGGGGGAGGAGAUCGUGGAGGUCACAGCUGCUCCCAGAGUAGACCUCAGGAGUCUAGGGAACAAAGGGUCACGGGCCAGCAUGCCCUAGACCAGCCCGUACCUGUCCGGCUACUAAAGAAACAUCCUGCGAGAGAAGAGAGAGAAACAGAGAGAGAGGGAGAGAGAGACCACCCAGAAAUGUGUUUGACCACCCACUUCUGCUUCCUCAGUUACCAAAAUAUGUCUGCUUCAAUCAGUCCACUCCAAGAGGAUCCCAUCUUCUCACCCCCUUCCUCCCUGCCUCACCAGUUCCUUGCUAGCUGGAGGGAGGGGGUUGGCAGGCAUGUAUGAAAGGACCCCAUCACCCCCUUAGGCAGCUGUAGAGAGUAUGCUAUAGAAUGUCUCUCUCUGCUCCUGGACAGGAAACUUGUGAUGUGCAAUAUUAGUGAAAAGAAACAGGAAAAAAAAGUAUAUAUAUAUAUAUAUAUAUAUAUAUAGUAUAUAUAUUAUUUAAACAUGAAGGAAAUUAGUAACCAAAGCCUCUUUCUUGGGCUAACCAGGGUCUGGAAAGAGGAAAGAGAUUGAGGAGAGCAGAAUUGAAAGGAGCCAGUCAUGGGGAUGGCGGGGAGAUGUAGCCAAGCUGAGAGUUCCAAAUGACUCCAGGACCUAACCAGGAUGGGUCACUACCUCCCACUGGGACAAUCCCGGGUGCUGAAAAGUCAUGCAGUUUUGUACAUGCUUCCUUUGGGGAAAAAAAAUCCCUAUUUAAGGUUCGAAAGGUGCUAUCUGUCUUGCCACAGACUCUGAAGGAACCAUCAGAUAUGGAAGGAACCUCCCCCAAACAAGAAGAGUUGGGGAUUGUAGUGUUUUCGUGGCCCUCGUGCUCUUUGCCUAGCCUACAAGAGGAUAAGAAACACUAGGAGUAAAGCUGAGCCUUUUAACUUGUGUAUACAA